UAUGAGGUAAACCCACGGAGGUUGAAGAAGCAAUAAGAAGACGCUUGCGGUUUGAUUGACACAAUUGUUGUCCAAUCAAUGCAUUCUAUAAUUGCGACAAUUCUGUGUUGGACCCUGGCAUCAGUUUUGCAGCGCUGACAAUUAUGUCGGUUUGUGUUCAUCUCGAAGCCACAGAUAUAACGGAUACAAGAGAAGAGCACAUCGUUCUCUCUGGUGAUAUUCACAUGGUUUUCCUCAGCUGCUCUUCCGUGCAGGCGGAGCGACCUGCAGAAGACUGCAUUCUAUUUUUUAAGAAGUUACAAGCCAAGCAGCUCCCACCACCGGCUAACAGCUAGCUGCCUGUAGUGAAAUAACGUCAGACGUAUUGGUGCCUGGCUAGCUAGCGUACUGCAUAUCUGUAAAUUAGCCUAGCGCAGGGGUGAGCUAGCCACCGGAGCCUGCUGGCACCGCUCAGUGACUCUCCUGUUGGUCUUACUGGGAUCUUACGAGUUGCCUGUGUGGACUCUACAACCAAGAGGAAACGAACAGUGGCUGAAUCCAUUCACCGAGUUUGGACUGUGGGAAACUGCAAAGCCCCUCGCAGGUGUGGUAUCCUGUCCAUGAUCCUGAUUUCCGGACUUUUUUCGUGACCCAGAAUGACUUGUUGAGUCGCAAUACUGCCAACUCUUUGUGUGGUUGACAUACUCAAAGGGAUCAACAUCACAAACAAGAAGGCCUAUAUUCAGCAUUGGAUGUGGAAAAUGUCCUUGCUGUUCUGUUUUCAAGCUCGGUGAGGGAUACACCAAACCUGAAAUGCAUCAAGAUUCUUACGGCUAGAAGAGUCCCCUCAACACUCAACGGCUGCAUUUUUUCACAUUUAUGACGAGAUACAUUUUGGGCCAGACAGGCUGUUUCAUCGAAGGGAUUGUAGUGGGGGAGUGUUUUCCAAGCCUGAGUGACCUCUUCCUGGGAAGGAAAUAGAGGAAAGGCCCUGGACGUUUCUGGAGACAAGGGCAAAGAAAGAAAAGGGAUCGUUGCUGGGAGGCCACCAGUUACGUAACUGGCAGCUGCAGUUGUCCACCAAUGGAGUGGAACAAGGAAACCAAUGGAAGGAGCUGAGUUGUUCUGUGUUGCCUUGCUGGUUGACAUGAGAAAGGCCAUUAUCUGCUCUGUACAUGUCCUCUAGACAUGAUGGAUGAACACUGUAAUUUUAGCUCUGUCUCAACUAUUUAAUUUACAUGGAUACUGAUUGGUGUUCUACUGGAUUUUUCUCACAAUGUGCUGGAAAGAACCACACCAUCAAUUCCAGAUUCCACAUACCCGUUGCAGCUGGCAAGUGAGGUGGUUUAAAUCAGCCACCGGCGGGGUUUAGGGAUGCCCCGACACAGGAAAACCAGGCUACUCCACUGGCCCACUUAUAGACUGCUGUUUCUAGUACGAGUGCUGGACUGAAAGCGACAAGGUCCUUUUUUUAUUUUACAAGACCUUCUUACACAAAGCUAACCCUGCCCAGACUGCUGUUCUCUCGAUUCUGAAAACUUCAAAUUUGAGGGAUUAGGAAUCUCCACACACAGACUUAGCUUCAUUUUAGGUAUUAAUCUGCACUUUUUGAAGGUGAAAAAGGUCAUUGGGAUGUAAAAGGGAAAGCACUUAUCUCCUUUUACCUCUCACUUCUUUCAUCUUUUCAUUUCGUCCUCUUUUUCUUAUUAGUCAAUCUCGUACCAAACAGGUUUACCUCUGCCAACUCUGGUACCUCACUUAACCCCCAUUUAAAGACCAAACAAAUGAACUUUGACCAGUUUUCUGUAUUUUAGCUAUGCUUAGAUGGCACAAAUCACAAAAUAACUAAUUGUAUGUGCUCUCUCAGAAGAGAUCCAAUGGGUUUUUACAUCUACUUAAACAGACAUAUUUUGCAUUGCACUAUUAUCAUGACUUUCACCAAGCCUUUAUUCACCUUGCUAUGUAUAUAGUAAACUUACUCCAUUUUAACUGGUGUUAAGGGUCUUGUGUGAAAUGGACCUCUAAGAAUGAUCAGUUUCUAUUGUCUUUUAUGACUAUGGCUUGUGGAACACAGUGUUGUUUAUGUGCCUCCAACUUGUUUACCCCUUUAUAAUCUGUGGCUUAUUUGUUCAUCCCGCCUUACCACCUGCUUUUGAGGCUGACAGGGAAACAAGGCUUGUACAACUGAGAGACUUUUAAGCUUCUUUGAAUCUUACAGACAGUAGAUCUGGAUUGACUUAAGAAUCUAAAAACAAGCACCACUCCUCAAAUGAAGUAGGAACUUUUUCCUUAUUUCCACUUGAAAGAGGAAACCCUUCUCAACUGUUCCAUCAUUUCUUUUGUGCACCUUCUUUGCAUUGUUUUCCUUUUGCCAAUCUCUUAUUUCUACUUUCAAUCUAAAAAUCCACUCAAUGCAUGUAAAGAAACAUUUAAACUUUAAAUACAGAUUGUUUGACAUAGCAGUUGUUGUACAUACAAACACAACACACAGGAAGUGAUGCUAGGUGUCAGCAGUAAGAGUGGAGGGCGGGGUCCAUCUUCGUCACCCCUCCCCCACACAGUGGUCCCGCCCAGCAGACCCCUGCGACCCUCCCGCUACGUCCCUGUGUCGGCAGCCACUUUCUUCCUCGUUGGUUCCACCACGCUGUUCUUCUGCUUUACGUGCCCAUGGCUUUCAGAGCGCUUCUCAGUAGCUGUGCCCAUCUACAAUGGAGUCAUCUUCCUGUUUGUUUUGGCUAACUUUUGUAUGGCCACAUUUAUGGACCCUGGCAUCUUCCCAAGAGCCGAGGAGGACGAGGACAAGGAGGACGAUUUCCGUGCUCCCCUCUACAAGACAGUGGAGAUCAGAGGGAUCCAGGUCAGGAUGAAGUGGUGUUCAACCUGCCGCUUCUACAGGCCACCACGGUGUUCCCACUGCUCCGUCUGUGACAACUGUGUCGAGGACUUUGAUCACCACUGUCCGUGGGUGAACAACUGCAUCGGUAGGAGGAACUACCGCUACUUCUUUCUCUUCCUGCUGUCUCUGACGGCUCACAUCAUGGCCGUGUUUGGCUUUGGACUGCUCUUCAUGCUUUACCAUCGGCAGAACAUUGACCGCCUGCAGGCCAUUGUCACGCUAGCUAUAAUGUGUGUUGCGGGUCUGUUCUUUAUCCCUGUUGCUGGCCUCACUGGUUUCCAUAUGGUGCUUGUGGCCAGAGGCAGAACUACAAAUGAACAGGUGACAGGAAAGUUCAGAGGAGGUGUUAACCCUUUCACCAAUGGCUGCUGGAAGAAUGUCUCUCAUGUCCUCUGCAGCUCCCAGGCACCCAGGUACCUGGGCAGGAAGAAGUGUGUGCAAAGUGUUUGUGUGCAGCCUCCUUUUCUGCGGCCACAGCUGACAGAGGCCCAACUGGCUGCAAAGAUCCUGGACAACGGCAUACAGGGAGACCUGCACCGGUCCAGAUCAAGUCUGGAAAUGAUGGAGAGCCAGUCAUGUGAUGCUGAGCCGCCUCCUCCACCUAAACCAGAGCUCCGCUACCCUGGAAUCACCAGAGGAAACACGGAGGAGUGCAGUCUACUAAACAAAGCCCCUCCCACCCCCACUAUGUACAAAUACAGGCCCACAUACAGCCCUGGCAAGAACCACACAGCACUCACACAUGCUUACGCCAACCAGUUAAGUCAAGGAGAGAGCGUUGGCAGUGCCAGGGACUCCUCCUCCUCCACCUCCUCCCUCCUCCAGGCCAGCCAGCAGCCUGGUUUCCGCUCCCAGCCCAGCCUGGACCGGCGGGAAGCUUCAUCCGACAGAAUGGGAGGGGGAGGAGGUGGGGGGAGGAGGGAGGGAUGCAGGGAGGUGGUAGGGGGGGGCAUACCUGGCUACACCCUUGGCGGACGCUCGUACCCCUCCUUCUCCGACCCCACAGUCCAAUCUGGAGUGGCUUCCAGCUCUACCCACACCUCGGCAGGCACCGCCCACAUCUCUGAAGCAACCACAACCUCAGCUAGUUUCAAGAGCUUGGCCAAUCAGACUCCCCCGGCUCAACACGUGUCUCGCAAUGGGAGCCUGUCGUAUGAAAGCAUACUGGCUGGCGGGGAUGAAUUUGACAAGGGGGUGGUAGUGGGUUCAGCAGCCCCUGAGCUUUCCUACGGGAGACCCUGCACACCAGUAGCAGGCAGCUACGGCGCCCCCUUCAAAUCGUCACAAAAGAGAGAUGCUGAGAUGCACCCCCAGUUGUCCCAGUCUCCCCAUCACCACCACCGCUCAUCCCACCACCACUCCUUCCUCCAUCGCUCCUCCUCUUCCACAUCCUCCUCCCCGCCACCUCCUCAAGAGAGGGAACGCCUACUGGGUGAGCCCCAACCUGGCGCUCACACCCUAUCUGCCAAUCAUGCCUCAGCCCCACCUCACCCACAUCAUCACCACCACUCCCACCAUCACCACCACCACUCCCACCAUCAUCACCACCACUCCUCAUCCUCUUCCUCCACCUCCCAUCCUCCCCGUUUCUCUGCCCCUCACGCCCCACCCCACCACGCCUACCCCUACCGCACCCGCUCCACUGACACCCCUCUGGGCUCCUCCACCACCUCCACUACCCACCCUCCCCGUUCCCCACAUCCCCCACCUCUGGGCAAGUCGCUCUCGUACUCAAGUGCCGCUGCUGCUGAAAUGCAAUACCGGCUAGUCCGCAAAGCCUCCGCGUCAGCUGGAGCGAAUGCAGCUGGGGUUGGAGGAGGAGGUAUAGGCGGGAUGGGAGGAGGAGGAGGAGGAGGAAUACAAGCGCCGAAGGAUGAGCUGAUCCAGGUGAAACAUCUGAGUCGGACCAACGGUGGUCAGCUCUUCUCAUCCUCUUCCUCCUCCUGCUCUGCCCCUUCCUCUCCCUCUCACCCGGUCAGCAUGUCCACUCGGCCAGCGAUGGCCUUCCCCAGCGCAGCUUUGACGCAGAGCCCUGCCCACAAGCCCCAGGGCGGUGGGGUUAAGAAGGUGACGGGCGUCGGAGGCACAACCUAUGAGAUUUCUGUCUGAGUGGCAGCUUGUCGCCACUGUGAGGACCAAUGACACGAGCUGGAGAUACUGCGUUUGUUUAUGCCUGACAGGGAAAUUGUGUGUUUUCUUAAGACAAAAGAACAGCGACUUACAUGAAUGAGUGGAACUGUUUUGUCAAGAUCUUACCUGUCAUUGGCAGCAGGGUUAAACUGUGUUGGACUAUCCUGCCUGCAGUCACCCACCCCAGUAUUCUGCUGGGGAAAUGACUGUAAGCCUGGACUGGUGUGAGCCAGAACUCACUGGCUCUGGGCUAUGAAUGAUAUCACUGGACAAAAUACAGGCAUUUUGUGGAUUUUAUCCUCAUUGUAGCUAAGUAGGUAGCUGAGGCACUAGCAUGGACAGGUCUGGCUGUUUUGUUAUAAGUUUUGCAGCAGGAGGCGUUACCACUGCCAGGGUCAGGAUGCUGAUCUCCACUGAGGCCACCUGUCAGCUCUGCAUCACAAGGUUCAUAUCAACACAUUUGGCCUGACUCUGAAGUUAGGUUGGAAUUGUUGCAGAUGUAGGGCAUCACUAAACAAACAACUCCAAGAUAUGGAUGAUUCUUCUAAAAAUCAACAGUCCUUGGAACCCUAUCAAAAUCAAGGAAGGAUCAGUUUGGUGUAAACUCCCCGGACGGUCAAUCCGAUGAAGUCAGAACCAGUGUUUUUUAAUACAAGCUCUGGCCCCAGUCGUCAGUUAAACUUUUAAUGACACCAUGCAGCAGAUGGAGCAUGGUCCAAGUACACAAGUUAUUUGUGUUCCCAGGUGAAGAGGGAUGGCUCUAGUCUGUAAGGCAGAGGCCAGCUGUAUCACUUACAGACUCCGAGUAAAUUAUGGAGCUGCACAACACAACGCAGCAGCUGAGUUAUCAGGCAGUUAGUAGAUCUGCUGAGGACAGUCUGCCCCUGGGCAGAAGCAGCUCCACGCUGUUCCUGUAUGAAUUGAACUGCCUUCUGAUGGAGGGAGGGGAAAUGUGACAUGGAAAACAGAAAAAGCUGAUCCCCUCCAUCUUUGACUAAUUUGUUGAUUUAUUCCUAGAUGUGAAAAUGAUUCCAUGUUUGUACAGGAUGAUGUGAUUUUUUUUUUUAUGUGGAUUUUUUUAAGAAAAAAAGUGGCGCUGAUACUGGACUGCAGCAUGCACUACUAUUACUACUUGCCACUAUAGGGCCGCUGUGUUUGAACCAAUAGAAAGUCAGGAAACUAAAGUGAAAAAAUAAAUAAUGAUUUGGCUUUUUUGUGGUUAAUGGUGUCCUUGACAAAAGGCAAACUUUCCAGGGAACAGCUCAUGGAAUUACUUUUCUAGUGUUGUCAUUUUUUUUAUUUCACCUAUUUAAUUUUAGAUUGUUUUAUAUGAAUUUAUAUGGAAAUAUAGCUAUUGAUAAAUGAAGAAUUUUUAAUAUUGACUCAAAAGACAGUUUGUGUUAGUGUCAGAAUGGGGAAGAAUAAAUCUAGUUGGUGUCAUUGUUGGUCCACAGUUGACAGACUGUUUUCUUAGAAACACCUAUUUCUAAUGUCCAAUGUUCCAAGAUUACAUUAGAAUAAAGGGUGCUGGAAUCACUCAGACCAGAUGACUGAUCUAUAAGAUUUACAGUAAAAUGAUAUCUACAGUAUGAGUAUUAUCUGUUCUUUCACUGAAUAUUAAGGCUACUGAUGAAACAGCUGAGAUUUCAAGAAUUAAACGUUAAAACAUGGAGAAAAGGUUUCCGACUGGAGAUUAAAUAUCACUCUGACAGAUACUUGAAGUUUAGCUCACGGUCCUCCCAAUUCUCUUGAUUCAACAUCGGUUCAUUCUUUUGAUUGGAAAGGACCGCAAAAGCCACCUGUCUGUAUAAGGUCUCACAAUUUUACAGUUUACAUCAGGAGGAGAUGGAAUCAUAAACUUUCUGAUGCAAGUUUCCUAUAUGAUUGUCUGGAACAAGCAGGACUCUUCAUCGACCUGACUGUCAAACUGAACAACCUGAUGGGAAGGGACUUAGUUACAUAUCCAGCUCAGAACAGAUCAGUGGUCAGUCUGGCUGAGCUCAUGCAUGAAGACAAACUUGCAGAAGGAAGUUAAUUAAAUAAAUUGAAUGAGUAAAAGUCAUUACAAAAAUCAACGUUACUAUUUCAAAACUUAAAUAGGUCAUGAAAGCCAAAGUCACUUGCUUUGUCUCAAAUCAGAUACUUAUUUUAACACAUAUGUACAAAGUAUAGACUUACCCAUGGCACAGUGCAUGAAUUUGAACAGGGUAGUGGUGUUGGGCCGUUAUCCAUCCACAGUAAAUGACGAUCAAAAUAUGACUAUAAUUGAUGCCUGCCAAAAUAUUUACCACCUUCUUUGCUCACUCGGUGUAUGCUGCCUUCAAAUGGACCAGUUAGUGUACAAGGUGUGUUUAGUGAUCAAGUCGUUCAUUUGUCUAAACACUGUUGCUAGGCAACAGCAGCAUGGUCACUUCUAAUAUCAUUUAUAUUAACUGGCAGCAUCUAGAAGCCACAGUGGCUAACAAUUCAGCAAGCUAGCAAGUAACUAUAUGCCAGAAAUACAAAGACGUACAACUGUUGGAAUAUCCAGACUUUCAUUAGACAUAUUAUAGAAUUACAAAGAAAAAACUGACAAGAAUUAAGAGCGUUAACUCUUUCUAACAUUUUAUGUUUAAGAAGAGGGUGGCCGUCAAAUGGGCUUUUCUCUUAAAUGUGGUAAACACAACACCAUUUGAGGGCGGCAUUAAAAAUGCACUUUAUUACUUAUUAUUGUGUAUGUGUGUGCCGCCUGUUUUACAGACUGUGGACAUAACGGAGCCAUCGCCGCCCAUGACAUCUCCUCGUGCCACCUUUUUCAGAUUGAAUAUAUAGUCUCCAUCGUCUGAGGACUUAGAUUUCCCCAAACUUGUCUCCAUGAAUUAACUUGCACUCAAAAUUCCCAAAUAGAGACAGGACUUAUAUCAGAAGGAAACCCUCUAUCUGGACAACAAAGUGUAUUCUUCUGAAACAGAAUUGACUUUCUAUAAUUGAAUGUCCAUGUUUUAGCAUUUCUUGGCUGUCGAUUUAUCCUUCGCAGUAUUGAAACAGUGGCCUUAAUAAUGCUGUCAUAUUUAAAGUGUGAACAGGGUGUGUGAAUUUCCUCUGGGCUCCUAACAUUUUAAACCUAAACCUCAUUUGUCAGUGAAGGUGUUCGAGAUACACUUAUAAGAAGAUUACACAAACUAAGUUGGGCUAAAAAAGGUUUAAAUCAGAUGUAAAUAUGCCAUGGGAUAGGAUCUUAACUCUAAACACUAACAGAUGAGGCCUCUAGUAGAAGAACAUGUCUUCAGUUAUGGAAUAUGUUUGCUCAAGUUUGAUGAAGUGGUCGAAUUUUGUGAAACAGUGUGGUAAGGCUUCUUCCUGUCCCCCGCUAAAUGUUCACUAUCCUUUGUUUGCUUGCUCACUUUCCCUCGCCCACUUCCAGCUGUGGUUAUAGCUGACAGCUGGAUGGGUGUCAGCUCUAGCAGUGCGUUGCACCCUUUAAACUGGGAUUUAGAUCCACAUUAAGUUUACAGCACAACCUAAAUCUGACUUUGAAACGAAUUACACCAGCUUUAUUAUUUGCUGAGUGUUUGCAUAAGAUUAAUUAAUGGCCCCUGAACCAGCAACCUUUAUGUAACCAUGUCAUCACAAUGAUGUAACUAUGUCAUCCCUCUUUAGGUCUAUCUAUGGCCAUGUUGUCUUUGUCCAGAUGGAAAUACAAACAAGGAGCCACACAUUACUCAGUAUUGGACAGAAUAUGACCAGUUAUAUCAAAUAAAGCACACUCCAGCGUCAGAGAGAGGGAUAUUUACAGGAAAUGUGUUUUCUAAUUCAGCUUGGUUCUUCAUUCUACUGUAACUUGUGUCCAGUUGGAGGACAGUUCUUUGUCUGAGCGGAUUGCCUGGUGGAUGAGGACGGGGGGCUAGAGGUGUAUGUUAGAUAGCACAGUUUCUAAGACAUAGCAGUGAAACUGAAAUACAAGUGAAAGAAAUGCCAAAUAUGUGGAUUGUACAGUUAAUAAGUGUGUGUGAGUGUGUUUGUUGAUGUAUGUAUGUAUGUGGUGGCAGGGCUGGGGGGAUUGAUAAUAAACCUUAAACAAAGA